CCCUGAAAGGCUUCAUAUUCCUGCCGCAGUUCCUGGUGUAUGCACGCAGUGAGCAGCCUGUUGCUGAGGGCCCGAGAGGAAUAAAGUGCUCACAUAAUCCUGAGGGAUGUUUCCUUGAGACUUGGGGAUAGUUUCACUCCCAGCUACAGCCGCACCAGCAAAUCAGAAUCCUAAUAAGUCCUAUGAGGUAUUUCAUAAAGCAUUUAUUGUUCCUGCGCUACAAACAUGACAAAGAAAACAGUAAGUUUGGCCCUGACCGUGCUGCUGUUAGUGUCAGUCGCCACAUUCUUGGGGGUCUUCUAUGGUGUGGGGAAGAUACCGGCUGAGCAUGUGUACCAGAAGGCAGCGGUGGCAGCAGACGCUGGGCCGUGUUCAGAGGUCGGCAGAGACAUACUGAUGAAAGGGGGCUCUGCAGUAGAUGCCUCUAUAGCUGCUUUACUGUGUGUUGGACUUAUGAACGCUCACAGUAUGGGCAUCGGAGGAGGACUCUACCUAACCAUCUACAACGCCACAACUGGACUGGUUGAGACGAUUGACGCCAGGGAGACGGCUCCACGCAAUGCAACGCAGGACAUGUUUGGGAACAGUACAGAUUUAUCCCAGGAGGGAGGGUUGUCUGUUGCUGUACCUGGAGAGAUUCGAGGUUAUGAAAUGGCGCACAAACGACACGGCAAACUGCCUUGGAGGGACUUGUUCCAGCCGAGCAUUGCUCUUGCAGUAAAUGGUUUUCCUUUGGGCAGGGCACUCGCCUCUGCUCUGUCCAGCAAAAGGGAAACCAUCAGAAAGGACAAAGCUCUUUGUGAAGUGUUUUGUGGGGGAAAUGGUGACAUCCUGAAACAGAAUGACAACAUCAAAUUUACCAAGCUUGCAGAAACGUACAGGAAGAUAGCAGAGGAGGGUCCUAAUGCUUUCUACCAUGGACCACUGGCCCAGAGCCUUGUGGAUGAUAUUCAGGCAGCAGGCGGCAUCAUCACAAUGGAGGAUCUGAAGGAUUAUGUGCCUGUCUUGGACGAGAACCCUUUAAGGGUGGAUGUGGGGGAGUACAACAUGGCUGUUCCCAAUGCCCCCGCUAGCGGCCCUGUGCUCUCAUUGAUAUUAAACAUCUUGAAUGGGUACAACUUCACCGCAGAAAGCGUGUCAAGCACAGAGAAGAAGAUCCUAACCUACCAUCGCAUCGUGGAGGCUUUUCGUUUUGCGUAUGCAAAGAGGACCUUACUUGGGGAUCCAAAAUUUCUCAACAUCACAGAUCUCAUCAAGAAUAUGACUUCAAGUUCUUAUGCCUUUGACCUCCGUGAGAAGAUCACAGAUGACACCACACACCACAUGAACUAUUACGAGCCAGAGUUUUACAUUCCUGAUGACCACGGGACCUCUCACCUCUCGGUGAUCGCAGAAGAUGGAAGCGCUGUGGCCGCCACCAGCACCAUCAACCUAUUUUUCGGCUCCAAGGUAAUGUCAAGAUCAACAGGGAUACUUCUCAACAAUGAGAUGGACGACUUCAGCUCUCCGCUCAUCACAAACGGCUUCGGAGUACCUCCUUCACCGAACAACUUCAUCAGACCAGGAAAAAGGCCAAUGUCUUCCAUGUGUCCGACUAUCCUCUUUGACAAAAACAACAAAGUUAAGAUGGUGGUCGGAGGCUCAGGAGGAACGAAAAUCACAACUUCUGUCGUUCAGGUGAUUCUAAAUGCACUGUUCUUUGACUAUGAUCUGAAAAAAGCUGUGUCGGGGCCGAGGCUCCACAACCAGCUGGAUCCCAACGCCACUGAAGCAGAACCAGACUUUGACAAAAACGUCCUGGAAGGUUUGGCAUUGAAGAACCACGAGAUAAAGUACCUGAAAUCGACAAUAGCUGUGGUGCAGGCGGUGGGUCGCUAUGAAGACGGACUCCACGCUCAUUCAGAUUCUCGCAAGUGGGCGUACGCCGCCGGGUACUGAGGUCAUGAACUCACCACUGAUUAUGCACGGAGCCUGUAGCGGCAUAAGCUUUGACACCAGUGCUACGAGCUGAGAGAUUAGAGACUUAAUAAAGAACAAGGAAACAACGUUGACACCAAUUGUUCUUUCAUUAACAUAGAACAUGCUUCAUGACACAACUCAGAUAACAACACAGUGACUUUUGCUCUCUAUGACCUUGAAACAAAGCGCCUCAGUCUGAAAUUAAUUCUGAAUAUUUAGUCUAAUGUCCGACGCAUUUAUAUGCAGCAUCAUUUCAAGUGAUUAAGAAAUGCACAAGCCAUUAGAAGUUCAACCAUCAGCAGGUUUUUUUUAACAGCCUCAGUCACACAUGUUUCCAACCCCUACCUGUUUAUGAAGCACUUUGUAAAUCAUUAGCAGUGUUCAGCUGUUCAUUUUGUUUUCCUUUAAAGAUAUGAUUUGUGACGUCAAUGGUUAUUGCUAAAAAUUAAACUCAAGCAAACAGAAUAAACAAAAACAAAAGGAAAAACCUCAAAUAAUCAUCUUUUAAUCUUUUAAAACGUUAACAUAUUUCACCAGGAUGUUUCAUAGGUGACAGCAGACAAAGGGAGGACAGGCAUAACCCAUUUAAAAAUAAAAUACUAUAAAACCUCAGGGACAAACCGUCCUAAUGACUUACAGUAAUGUCCCAUAGCCCAGAGUGCAAUGGCCUGUAAUGACCCCAUAACAAUAUUACAGCUGUCGCUGCUCACUGUCAGCGCUGGGAUUCAGGGCUCUUCUUCUCUCAGCGGCAGUGUAAAAUUAAUGUGUUACAUAAUUAUUCAAAUGUAAAAAGAAUGUAAAAUGAUACUGCCUUUAUCAAAGUUUUGCUUGAAAUGUCUGAUCUACCUGUGAUAGAAACUGUGAUAACACAAAGAGGUUUAACAUUCACAACACAUAUUUAUUUAACUUACAAUCUCAAUGUUAGUAGAUCACAAUAGAUUUUAUUGUUUUUCUCAAAUUGAUUGAAGAGAUAUUGUCGAUUAUUUUGUUUUCCUUCAAAUUAAACACUUGAAAUGAACAUACUGUGAUGAAUAAAAACAAACUGUUUAUAAAAGUA